GUGAAUUGUGUAUCAAUUGAGGUAAUGUCACCAAGUAGUGUGUAUUGAAUGUGUACUGUUCAUGGGUUGUGAGUAUUGCAAAUCGAACAUGGAAACUUUAAAAAGUUUUUUAGUGAUCACAGUUGUUAUUUUAUGUUUUGGAGUUGCAGUCAUUACAGGACAAAAUGGUUUAUUAAGCGCCAGGUGUGCAGCUAGAUGUUUGACAGAACACAAGGACAGAAUAAGAAAGACAUCCGAUCGAAACAACCACAGAAAAUUCAUGCUAGAUCGAUGUAAAACCAACAGGGAGUGCUUUCAGUGUAUGAAGCCAUGUGCCAGCAACAAACAAGAGCUUAUGCACAAUAAGUGUGACAACGUCUGUGAGAACGGUGAAAAAACGUGUGAAGAUUCCUGUGAGUUUUUGUACUACACGUACAUGUACAAAGCGGGAGACUGCCCCAAACCAGAAUCUGCCAAAGGUUUUGAGGCCGCCUGCUUAGCAUCCUGUAGAACAGACGGUGACUGCGACGACGAUAGCAAGUGUUGUCCGAAUUUGUGCGGCUACGUGUGCAGGAAACCAGACUACUCUAAAUAUAAUCUGCCGGGCGUGCCAAAAAACUUCACAUUUGAAGAGAAACGACAAGGGAGAGCACUCUAUAUCACCUGGGAUGUGCCGGAGAAAAUUGGAGCAGGCAACGGGGUUAGGGUGUACAUUGUAGAACAGCGCAACACCACCAACCUCAAACCUGUCGGUUGGAAUGAAGACACCUACUGGGAGAUAAAGUCCAUUACUGCAGUCUCCAGCCUACUCCUGGAAAGAGUGCACGCAGGUCACUGGUACCAGUACCGGGUUGCCAUGGUAACCUCAAGCGGCACACAGGGCUACUCACCCAUAUCAGAACCAUUCAAAUCAUCUAGGCGUGUUCAAAGACCAGAUUCUCCUCAGAACAUCACAGAAGGGGCCACAACUCUGCGCAAGGGUUUGGUGGAUGUCACGAUACACUGGAUGGCUCCCAAGUAUUCCGAUAUUCCAAUCUGGAAGUACUCUUUGACGUGGAGUGAGCGACUUACACAAGCCAGUCCAGUGUUAGUGAGGAUACCAGUCCUGGAGAAAACACUGCCGGGGAAUAUCCACGAAUUUAAGCUGGAUAAAUUGAAGCCCGGGACAACAUAUCACAUUCAGAUUGAGGCUCUUAUUCGCCAUGGUAACCGAGAACUGAUCAGUAACAGGGCCUCAAAGUACAUUACUACCUACUCCCCGCCAAAUAUGAAGCAAGAUGCAACCAACUUUUUCGUAACUGGUCCAUUGGCUACUUUUGUUGAAGACAAAUAUAAAGACAAUGCCAAGCAGGUUUACUCCGUGUACGCAGACAUCAUCAAAGUCGGCAACCUAGAGGUGCUGGAUGGUAUUCCAUAUUUCGACAAGGGUUCAUUGAAAGCCCAACUUCAGUGGUCCGUAAGUGCAGAGUUCAGCAGCCUUGUGAAGAGUUUCCUCAUAUUCUGGUUCCCCCAAAGCUGUGAGCAUGGUUCCCCCGUGUCUCGGCAUUACUCCGCAACAUCAGAUGCGCCAAGGUUCGAGAUCUAUGACCUCCAAUACCAGUGCCAGUACGUGGUGCGGGUGAGCGGUGUUACACGUAAAGGGGUACAGAGCAAGCCUGCCGAGGUCAAACUGCGAACCCCGGUCUGUGAGCGGAUACAAGUGAAAGGGGACAGUCUGCCCCCUGAGUGCCCAAAACAGUCAGUUCUGCAGUUGCCAAAGACGCCAAGGGAGGUGAGCGCGAAGAUUCUUCACAACAACUGUAGCAUCGACAUACAGCUCCGAUGGAAACAUCCUCCGUCUGAUGCCCCCAUAGAGAACUAUGUGAUAGAAUAUGAGAUGACAGAUGGUUUCAAGGGAGUCGUGCCUCAUACUGAAGCCACUGUAUAUAAACGCAAACCUAUAGAGAUAAGGAUCACAAAGGUCCGGCAGCACACUUUACACAACCUCACCCAGGAGGAGGUGUACCUUAUCAAGCUCCGGGCCGUGUCCCGGGUGGGAGCAGGGGAACCGGCCAUCGUCGAGGUGUCUCCCAGAAUUCAGCAGUGUGGAUCGGAGAAAGAUGGAGAACCGCCUGAUUUGAGGUCCACCAUUGCACCGACAACAGUAUUGAAAUCUACAGAACUUAGCUCAACAGUGGACAUUACUACUGUCUCUUUAGAAACUGUUACUAAAUAUAGAAUAUCUAAAAAUAGCACUGACGUUUAUAGGACUACGCAAUAUUCUAGUACUCAAAUAACCGUCUCAAAUGUGGUGCAUGUAGGUAUUUACAAGACAGUGUAUUAUAUGUUUUAUUUCUUUUAUAUGCUGUUUACCAAAUCCUGACACAUGUUUUUAAGUACCAAAAAUAUGUAAAUAAGUCUUAUAUAAAUCAAUGUUGAGCAUGCAAUUGAUAACAUUUUCCAUCCAUGAACUAAAGAUUCUGUCCAUGGAGAGUCCUGUAUGUAACAAGAUUACAAUUAUUGUCAAAAGUAUGCUUUGUUUUGCUCUGUCUCAGUUCAUGAGCAUUUAUUACCGUGGAGAAGUAUACAGCAAUUGUUAUCAUGCACUUUGAUAUUGUACCAUGUACAUAACUAUAUAUGAAUGUACUCCUCACAAUAACUACACAGUCACUAUGUUUGCAAUAUUUACGCAUUUCUGUGUUUGUUUUAUGUUUAUGACAUGUUAACUUUUGUGGUUUCUGUAAAUGUCAAACUAUUCUAACUCUUUUUUGUGUUGGAAACUGGAAUAUUUCUGUCUAGGUAUAAUUUCAAACAGUAAAAGAGCUGCUUUUUAUUUUAUUCUCUUGUCCAAAAUUUAUAAAGGAAAGCAAUUUCUUGUUUGUAGUUUUUAGUUAUAGACAGUAUUUAUUGUAUAAUUUGCAUUUUACGGCGUUCUUUAAUACUUGUGUCUGUAGUUUUGUUACAGUUAAUGCCAUAUUUUAAAAUUGCAUGCGUAGACAUUGUUCUAUUUUAUUUUAACAAAAUCUUUCCAAUGUAAAAACGGAUACAGUUUCUGAAAGUUUAAAUUUUAAUGAUACAAUAAAAUAAUACUCAUUGUACUUAUGUCAUUAACAAAGUCUUUUCUCUCUUGUUACCUUUUUCUCACAUUGCCAACAAAUUUAAACAGCAAUUAUCAUUGUUGUUCAUUUAUUUAUCAAUUAAUUGCUACUGUAUUUUGUAAAUACAAUUUGUAAAUAUAUGUGUGUACAUUGUACAUACUAACAGCAAUUCUAGUUCAAGUCUGGUUAUUUAUAAUGGUAUAAUAGACAUCAGGGAUGUGAUGUGCUAAAACUGAAAGAGUAAUGUCUCUUCAUGAAGAGUUGUCUCUCUUGAAAAUGUGCCAAAGAUAUUGCUACACACAAGUUGUUGAAGAUUUUUUUUAUUUGAUGUUCCUUUAAGGUUACACCUUGUAAUGCUUUGCCAGUUCAAUUAUGUAUGCCUUAUGCUUAGUUUACUAGAAAGUUAAUAAUUAUGAAAGUUGUAUUGUUCUCCACUAGCCAUAUGGCUACAUGUAUACUUAAUGCUAUAUAUCGCUAUGAAAUGCUCUCUAACAAAACCAGGCUGAAUACAUGUGGGUAAACUAUUUUCUAAGAUUAGCCUGUGCAGUCCUCACACGCAAAUCAGGGAUGAAACUUUCGUCCUCACACGCAAAUCAGGGAUGAAACUUUCGUCCUCACACGCAAAUCAGGGAUGAAACUUUCGUCCUCACACGCAAAUCAGGGAUGAAACUUUCUACUUUCAUGGAUUUUGUGUAUUUAAAGAAGUCUCUUUUAACUCUUUACCACUUAUAUACAUAUUUUGACAGACUGUGAGUUUCUCGCAGGCUGUUCUGGUUGUAUGCUGGUUGCACAAGCUAUAUUUACUUUGCUUCUGAGUAGGAAAGGGUUUAACAAAAUCUUGUGUUGUCCGUGAUUGAACUGUACGGACUACACAGGCUAAUCUUGGAGAACACUUUAUGCACAUGCAUUAAGCCGGUUUCCCAGAGACUGACUCAUGUCAUAUGUAAUUAUAGCGAUUGUUUUGUAUCAAAACAUGUUUAUUAACCAAUGCAAUAGUUGCAUAUGACGGCUUAUGAAAAUAAGUUUAGCUAGAUUGUUUACAGGAGAUUACAUACCAUGUAUAUGUAAUGAUACUAGAUUCUAAUCUACAACUACAGUGCUAAAUGUUUAUAUGGGCCGCGAUCUGUGAAAAGGGGUUAUAAUGCAUGUGCGUAAAGUGUUUUCCCAGAUAAGCUUGUGCAGCCUGCAUUUUAUGUUCAAAGGAAGACUGUUCUUGAUGAAAAUUCAGUUAAGCCAAAAAGUGUCAUCCCUGAUUAGCCUGUGCACACUGCACAGGCUAAUCGGGGACGACACUUUACGCACAUGCAUUAAACCCCUUUAUACAGAGCAAAGCUCAUAUAAGUGAAUUUGAGACAAUAUUGGACUAUUAAAUAUGCUAUGUAUUUUUAUGUAUGAAUGGGAGCCUGACAAAAAGUACUCACACGCAAGUGUUUGCCGCAAGUGUUUGCUUGAUUUUAUUUAAUGAUUUAUGUUACAUGUUUAACCCAGUUUGAAAUAUUUAUAUUUUUAAAUCAUUGAGAACAAAAGUAUUAUGAGAUAUCUUUUUUUAACAUCAUGCUUUUUAACCGUUCAUCAACUUAAAACAUUGUCACAAACAUGAGUAUGUAAUUGCAAAUAUAUAUGUGGGCCAGUAUCAUUUUCAUUGAUAUCAAUAAUUAGCAGAUUGUAAUUCCGUCCUGGAUAUUUUAAUUCAAUAAUUACACAUUUUUGGAGUAUAAGUAUAGGGCAUUUGUAAAUACUUCUCUUGUGUAAGCAUUCAUUGACUCUGUCCUUUCAUAUGAAGCUUCUUGUAGCUCUACGCAUAGACUGAAUGUUUAACCAUGUUAUUGUAUUAUACCUCAAUUUUAGAUUUAUCCUAUAAAAUUGCAUAUAAAUUUUAUUAGGGAACAUUUUUUAUACAAUUAUGAGAUGUGCACAGUCAAAAUAAACCCUGAGAUAAGUAAAUUUAACUUUGCUUUAUUUCAAAUUUUCGAGGAUAAAGUUUUCAUGCGUGAAACAUUGACGUCAUUUUUGGUAUUUACAUGAUGUCCUUUGAUGUUUAACAUGUUUUUCUGGCAACUUCAGUCAUUUCUUUUGUUUGUUCACCUGAAAAUUACCAAGUUUAUUUAGAAUUUUGUGGAGAAAAUGAUAUAAUCAAAAUAUUACAGGGUUAAUGGGUUUCAAUUACUCCAACUUACAAAAGCAUUAAGUCUUUUUAGAAAGCUUUUAUCUCAGUUUAAUACAUCGAAUAUUAUAUUGGAAGCCUUAGGCAACUGUAUUUCCUUGGGUUAACCAAAUUUUCUUUAAUGUUUCAUUGACAAACAUAUAAGGAUACGUCUAUAAGACAGGAUUCAUUAUUAAUAAGUGCCUUUUAAAUAACUUCCAUUAUGUAAAAUGUAACUUGAAUAAUUUUGUUAAGAUGUUAAAUCGUUUAUUUCCUGAUUUUGACAUGCUGUGCCUGUGUUCUGUCCCUCUUAUUUUUAAAGUGAACAAAUGGUAUUGCACAUAUAUUUACAUGAAUAAGGUUGGCCACAAAUUUUUUAAAUGCUAAAGAACUGACAGGACUGCUUUUAACCCUUUGCAUGCUGGGAAAUUUGUCGUCUGCUAAAAUGUUGUCUGCAGAAUUUCAAAAAUUAGCAUUUUCUUCGAUUUUUUUCAAAGAAUAUUAUCAGAAUAGCAAACAGUUUGGAUCCUGAUGAGACGCCACGUUCUGUGGCGUCUCAUCUGGAUCCAAACUGUUUGCAAAGGCCUUCAAAAUUCGGUUCCCGCACUGAAAGAGUUAAAAAGACCUGGAUAGUCCUUAUUUUAUCUAUUGAAAGACUUACGUCAGUGUUUAGACCUCCACUGUUGUAAAAGUCUUUAUAAAACAGAAUUCAGUUCCAUCAGAUUGAUAAAAAAAAAGUAUUUCAGUGUAAUUCAUCAAAUGUGAAAUGUCCGUUAUGUUUAUAUUCUUUUUUUGUUUCAUAUACCAAUAUCUACCGGUAUUUCAGUUGUAUCUCUACAAUAUGCUGUUUGGGAAGAUGUGUCUGUUUUUUUAGCAAAUGCUUUACAAUGGAAUUGCAUUCCAUGCAUUAAGGUAUACAUGCAAGACUAUUAUUUUAUGCUUCAUGUAUUUUAUUCGAUAAUGUAUGUUGUUAUUUAUAUUGUCACUAUGAAUGUGAUAGAUACAGUGGAAACCCUCUAAACUGGAUCCUCUGUAAACUGGAAUUUUUGCAGGGUCCAGUGGGCCUCCAUUUUAGAGUGGUUCCACUAUUCAUAAUACAAAUCUAUACCAUUUCAUUACACUACAUGUACAUUUAAAUCUUGUUUAUUCAAUGGGUGCUAUAUUAAUGUACAUGUGUGUAAUUUAUAUAUACAUUUCAUUUUUUGUUUGUAUAUUUUUAUGUAAUUCUGUUGUCUAUACAUACAGAAAAUUUUAUUUUGUAUAUUAAAGGCCAGACUUAAUUCAGUUAUAAAGUUUAAACAUUGGUAUUAAACUUCAAUUCAGUGUGGUUUGGCCACACAAAUUAUAUAAUUAUAAUAUGUCAAGUCAUAUAAUGGCAUUAUAUAAUUAUUAUAUGAGUCUAGGUUACUAUGAUAUUGUAUUGCCAUUGUUUUGAAAACUGUAUUUUGUACUGUUAUUAUAAUGUUUUACAAAAAAUAACCAAAUAUAAGUUAAAGUUAUAAAGUUUAUGUUAUUUGUAUAA